GUCGUUAGCCGUGUAUCGUGUGAACCGCGACCUCCGAUAGCGUUGUGACUUUACUGUGAUGGAUGUGAACUGAACCAUGGAAGAGGAGUCGAUGUCCGGGCACAGCUGUUCCGAGGACGAUAUCAGCGUGGGCCGCCCCUCGCCGGCGCCGUCGCGCUCGCCGUCACCUCAAGAUUACUUCAGGCCGCUGAAGCGCUUGAAGAUGGCUUCGGAGCCGGUGGAGGAGCGACGGGGGGAGGGCGUGAAGAGUUUCUCUAUCCUGGACAUAUUGUCUCAUAGCCCUAGGGCGCCGCCUCGUAUAGUGCGUCCAUGGGACGCGUCUGGUUUGGAGAGGUUGCAGCGGCUGCAGAGACUGGCGGGCGCGGCGCUUUUGGACGGCGAGCGGUGGAGGCUGGCAGCGCUUGGUCUGCUGCGGCCACGAGAGCCGGACUGUGAUUCCACCUCAGAGCGUUCCUCCUCCGCCUCCGACUGCUGUUCGGAGCCGCGUCGCCCGCACACCUCCACCGCACCACACACGCCGCUCGACGCACUAUUCCACAUGACCAGCAAGACAUUCGAAGCCAACAAUACUGACAAUGGAGAUGGUCAGUCAAAUCACCUUAACUUAUUCAACUCGAGGCCGCAGCCGAAAAAGAAGCGGAAAUCAAGAACAGCAUUCACGAAUCACCAGAUAUUCGAACUGGAGAAACGUUUCCUAUACCAAAAGUACUUAUCUCCCGCGGAUAGAGACGAAAUAGCCAGCUCUCUCGGUCUAUCCAACGCGCAAGUCAUAACAUGGUUCCAAAACCGACGAGCAAAAUUGAAACGAGAUAUGGAAGAGUUGAAAAAGGACGUCGAGAGCGCUAAAGUCUUAUCUGCACAUAAAACCUUUUUGGAGAACGUGACAGAUUUGGGUAUAUUGAAGAAGAAGGCGAUGAGUAUAGGUGCAAGCGAGGAAGCCGCGACCAAUCUUGUGGUGAACGCGUCCAAAUGAAACGAGGCAGCGCGCUCGAUCGCACCCGAUACCUACGAUCGAAGCGUGCUCGAUUUUUAAAUCGAUAUAGACUAUAAAAUGAGUGACCGAUUUUAAAACAACAGACUCUAGUGGCGUUGUAACUUAAAAAGUUUAUAUAUACUGGCUGGCAGAAAUAAAGAACUAUUAAAAGUGUAAAUUGUUUAGUAAUUAAUCACGUGUAUAAUACGUUAUACUUUUAAAUGAAAUUGUCAAGUGAAUUUUAGAGAAAUAAAUAUUUAAAAGUAUUUUCAAUUUAAAUAGUGACAUUAGAUGUUUUUAUCUUCACUAGUUUAGUCUCGCGUACUUCACUAUUUAAAACGUUAUAAAUAACUAUAUGUAAACGUCAACGAAACCGUUGACGGCAUAGGAAUAUUUAGUACCGCUAAAUAUUCAUUGCAAAAGUUGUAUUGUAAAUAAAUCUUUGUACAAAUGAAAAUGCUUUUUUCGAAAUAUAAAUGUGAUAGUUGAUUGUAUUAAGUACUUAUUACUUUAUAGAAAUAUUUUUAAAUUAUUUAUUACGGUAGCUAUAUCACUGAUAUAAAACGCAAAAAACAACUAUAAAUUAAUAAAUAACGAUUAACCAUUUAAAUGCUAUUAGCGUACCAUAGUGCAAUAUAGAUAAAUAUCUCUAUCAGUGGUAAUGCUAUUUUUCGAAUUAUCUUGUAAAUAUUGUAAUUGUAUAGUUAGAUUUCUUAGUUAUAGAAUAUUUUAAAACGUCAUUCAUAUUUUAUCAUAUCUUAAUGUUUCCCCUACUGAAAUACCAACGCAAGAACAGCAAAAAAAUGUAGUCAUCGCAUUCAUUGGCCUUGAAAAAAAAAGAGAUGGCAGUAUAUGUUUUCUCUCACUUGUUUUGACAGUAAAAACGGUUAAUUUGGUAUUUAUACUACUAGUGCUGUUACAUGAAUUAGUAAGAAUACUAAUUGUGAAAUAUGUUUAACUUUGUAUUUUUACUAAUUAUCAAAUGAAGUAGAUCAAUGUUAGUAACUUUUCUAUUUAAGAUAAAAAACAAUCCUAGAGCAAUUGCAUUCUUUCUGUACUUAAUGUAUUUAUGUAGAACCUUUAAUUAAAAAAUAGAUGUAUAAUAUUUUAUUUAUAAUGUCUUUGUUAUAAACUAUUUAUCGACUGGCUAAUUUUAUUUGUUUAAAAUUUUACAUUGCAUUCAAUUUUAUAAUAUUCAAACGACGAAGUUAUCAUGACUGCUACAAAUAAACAAAAACUACUACUUUUAGGAACAAUAAACAAACAUUAUUAUACGAAAAAUGAAAAAGUACUUAGUGUCUGUUUUAGCACGAUCAAGGGCCUGGCCGAGAUUUCUAUGGAGUCCCCUAUUUUUACCAAUUUGGGGGGGGGGGGGGCUUUACCAGUGACGUUAGAUUCGUAGAUCAGUGGCGCCUCUUUUUAUCCAGAGUGCUUACAAAAUUGAUUCACUUAGAAGCGAUUCCAUAGCGAACUUCAAAAAUGUAUGGAAGUGACGCGCGAUAAUCACGUGACUUACCGAAAGUUAUUGUCAGUUCUAUACAUUUUUGAAUUUUCGUUAUGGAAUUGCUUCGGAGCGAAUGCACUUUGUCUAAUCCUCUAGCGCCCUGGUCGGUUAACUAAUAGACCUAACGCUAGUACUAAAGAUAUACUUAAAUGAGUAGCAGCAUUUAAAGUUCUAAGUAAUAUUAUCCAUAUUAAUUAUGCCAAUUUGUCAAAUUUU